CACUUCUUCUUCUUCCUUUUUGUCAUUCGUCACUACCCUCACCCACUCUUUGCUCUUUCAUUAUCACUCUUUUCUUUUCUUCUUUCAAUGCCUUCAAAUCUAGUGUAAGGGAGAAAGAAAAGAAUAGCAGUUUCAGGUCAAAAUCCAGCCCACAUUGCCCUCCUUGUCUUUACCAGCACCAAAAAUGGCAACUCGGAUUCUUUUCACUGCCAUUCUUUCUUUCCUAUUACUGCAGCUCGCCGAACUAGACCUUGUCACCGACAGAGCAGCGCUUUUGGCGCUCCGUUCUUCGGUCGGAGGCCGAACCCUCCUCUGGAAUAUCUCCAACCAGAGUCCAUGCUCCUGGGCUGGUAUUACGUGCGAGCAGAACCGCGUUACGGUGCUUAGGCUACCUGGUGUUGCUCUCUCUGGUGAAAUCCCCACUGGAAUUCUCGGAAACUUGACUGAACUGCGCACCCUCAGUCUCCGUUUCAACUCUUUAACCGGACGACUCCCUUCGGAUCUUGCUCUUUGUCGAAAUCUCCGGAACUUUUACUUGCAGGGAAACCGUUUCUCCGGUGAGGUACCGGAGUUUAUGUUUGGUCUUCAUGCUUUAGUGAGGCUAAAUAUUGGUGGGAAUAAUUUUACUGGUGAAAUUCCAGUUGGGUUCAACAAAUUGGCGAGGUUAAGAACUUUACUUCUUGAUAGCAACAGCUUUUCUGGCUCGGUCCCUGAUUUGAGUUCUUUGAAGAAUCUCGGUCAGUUUAAUGUGUCAAGUAAUUUGUUGAACGGCUCAAUUCCCAAGGGGUUGCAGAAAUAUGGAUCCGAUGCGUUUCUGGGGAAUUUGCUUUGUGGGCAGCCCCUCGACAAGCCUUGCCCUGCUACAGCUACUGCUGCUCCUGGGAAUGCAAGUGAGCCUGCUAAUCCAAUGAAUGGGAAUAAACCAGAGAAAAAUGAGAAGAAGAAGAGCAAGUUGUCUGGUGGAGCAAUUGCAGGUAUUGUUAUCGGAUCUGUGCUGGGAUUCCUACUGAUUGUUAUGAUUUUGAUGAUUUUAUGUAGAAAGAAGAGUAGCAAGAAAACGAGGUCAGUUGAUAUUGCUUCGAUUAAAAAUAAAGAAAUGGAGAUUCCCGGGGAGAAAUCUGAAAUGGAGAAUGGUGGAUAUGGGAAUGGGAGUGGGCAUUCAGUGGCCGCGGCCGCUGCAGCUGCAAUGGCGGGUGGCGGUGGAGCCAAAGCGGCUGAAAAUAGUGGGAGUGGAGCUAAAAAGUUGGUUUUCUUUGGGAAUGCGACGAGAGUGUUCGAUUUGGAGGAUUUGUUGAGAGCUUCUGCAGAGGUCUUAGGCAAAGGAACGUUCGGAACAGCAUAUAAAGCGGUGUUGGAAGGUGGAAAUGCAGUGGCUGUUAAGAGGCUCAAGGAUGUCACAGUAUCGGAUGGCGAAUUUAAGGAGAAGAUUGAAGGGGUUGGAGAUAUGGAUCAUCAACAUUUGGUCCCCCUCAGAGCUUACUAUUUUAGUAGGGAUGAGAAGCUUCUUGUCUAUGAUUACAUGCCCAUGGGAAGCUUAUCUGCGCUUUUGCAUGGGAAUAAAGGGGCCGGAAGGACUCCGCUGAACUGGGACAUUAGAUCUGGAAUUGCUCUUGGAGCUGCCUGUGGAAUCGAAUACCUGCACUCUCGAGGGCCUAAUGUCUCUCACGGAAACAUUAAAUCGUCGAAUAUCCUCCUCACUAAAUCGUAUGAAGCACGAGUCUCGGAUUUUGGCCUGGCAGACAUUGUAGGGCCUUCGUCUAGUCCAAAUAGAGUUCUCGGGUACAAGGCACCUGAGGUGACUGACCCCCUCAAAGUGUCUCAAAAGGCUGAUGUUUAUAGCUUCGGUGUGCUGCUUUUGGAGCUAUUGACUGGGAAAGCCCCCACCCAUUCGAUCUUGAACGAAGAAGGAAUUGACCUCCCGAGGUGGGUGCAGUCUGUUGUUCGUGAGGAAUGGACUUCCGAGGUGUUUGAUCUUGAGCUCCUCAGGCAUCAGAAUGUGGAGGAAGAGAUGGUCCAACUCUUGCAACUCGCAGUAGAUUGUGCUGCACAAUACCCUGACAAGCGUCCUACCAUAUCUCAAGUGAGAAACCGAAUUGAGGAGUUACGCAGCUCUAGUUUGCGAGACGAUCUAAAUGUACAUCCUGCCUGAUUAAGAUCAAUGAGGAAGAUGGCGGCUCCGGACGAGUUAGCUGAUUAGCUAAAGCAGGCCAUCAUACAUCAUUUCGUAUGAUGGGUGGUAGUGGUAAAUGGAUUAUCAAACCCCCUUCUAAUAUUUCUUUUUCAACGUCCAUAAUUAGCAUGUUUAGUUUGGUGGUCUUAGGCCUUGUUGUAUGCUUCACUCUAUCUCAGUUUCAUAUUCCUUUAAUAGGCGCCAUUGUAAUUUUCAUUGUCAUCUUCUUCUUCUUCUUCCCAUCUAAUUCUCCCAUUGGCUGUUGGAUUGUAUUUCUUUUCUUUUUCAUUUAUACUUUGAGGUGGAAAUGUGUUCUAAUGUGGUUGGUGUUGGGUGGAUAUUGGUAGUUGUAAUUAUUACCUUUGCAUUUUGCAUUUGCAGCU